AUGACUAAAAUCAUCAUCCAGAAUGUCCGUGUCUUUGACAGUGAGAGGUUGCUCGACUCGAGUAACGUCAUUUUCACUCGGUCUGCCAGUAACAUUCAGGAUCCCAUGGGCGAAGGCUCUGAAGCUGAGACGUCCGAUGUUGUCGUUGACGGACGAGGCUGUACAUUGGUACCCGGCCUCAUUGACGUCUAUGCCAAUAUCAAGGGCGCCAACGCCUAUCUAUCCGAAUUCGCGGUGCACGGCGUAACCACAGUUAUCGACCUGAGCAGCAGCACCCAGCAAUGCCAGGCCCUGCGUGUAUAUACCGCCGGCCGCACGAAACUACCCACCGUACUCACUAGCGGAACUGAGGCGGCGCCGGUGCAUGAACACCAGCCGCAGCUUUACGACAACCCGGAUGAGGCGGCAAUACGUACAAAAGAAGACGCCGUGGCAUUCGUGGCGGCGAAAGCGAGCGGGCCAGACCGCGCCGAUUUCGUCAAGGUCGUGGUAGACCUAGACUCGCCCAACGAUGCAUUACUCAAAGCCAUCGUAGACACCGCCCACGCCCAUGGAAAGCUUACUAUCGCUCGUACCGUCGGCAAAUCGUCCUACAACCGCGCCAUGCGUGCGGGUUUCGACAUUUUCGCCCAUGCACCUCUCGACGCGCCUCUGGAUACCGAACUGGCUCGCGAGAUGGCUGCCCAAAACAAGGUUUUCGUGCCGACGCUGCUGAUGAUGAAAAAAAGGACCGGCUCGGGUUCUAGGCAAGACUCGUCUCAAAGUGGCCAGAGGGUCCCACCAGGCUUUCCCGUCCCGUCUCUGGGCAGACCUGCAGGGGUCAGUGAAGGCAGCGGCGGUGACGACGGCGACUCUGCCGCAGAUAUCGGCUCGCAGAGGCACAAAAACCCGGGAGCCAUGUCGGGGGGCAACUACGAGCACGCAGUGGCGAGCGUCCGUACCCUCCACGGGGCCGGCGUGACCAUCUGCGCGGGGACAACGGCAAACAUGAUACCAGGCGCCGAGAUCCCCUUCGGCGAGGGUCUGCACGAGGAGUUGUCGCUGCUCGUCGAGACCGGCAUGACACACUUGGAGGUGCUGCGUUCGGCGACCUGUGUCGCGGCCAAGGCUUUCCGGCUGAGCGACCGGGGAAUAGUCCGGGGCGGCCUGCGGGCCGACUUGCUGCUCGUCGAGGGUAACCCGCUGGAGGACAUUUCGGCGACGCGCAAGAUUAGGAAGAUCUGGAUUCAAGGGGAGGAUAUUGGCCCUCCGAGUACGUCGGAAUGA